UGAAGUGACUUGUUGGUUUGCGGGAAUAAUCAUCACAGAAUACCUUGGAAUAUAUUAGGUUAAAUGAUUUAUGCACAAGUAUACAAGCAUAAGGUACCCUACAGAAAAGUUUCAGGCUAAAACAGGCCCUCUAUUGUGAAGAAAUAUCGUUGGGGUGUAUGCCAGCUUAGCACUGGGAGGCACAGCACAUUGCUGAGUGCUGGCCAAAUGCUCCAGGGCAACCCCUGAAUAGACAACAUGUUUUAUUUUUUGACAGUGUGAUGUGAGUGACUAAGCACAACUGCAAAUGUAUUUAAUCAUCAUUAUACUUCUUGCUAAAGUACAUCUUACUUAAGUCUGAGAGACUGACGCAAGACACAACAUUUUACCUUGGAAAAAAAGGCUUGUCUCAGCAGAAGUAUCUCCAUUUUUUUGUCCCCCCUCAAAUCAGCCCUACUUCAAACCCUUUCAUACUGGACAAUGUUUCAGCUCUCUGUAGGUGGCCCAGCUGCUUUAUUGACUCAGUUGGGGACUACUGUAUCUGUCACUCAUUGGAGAAGAAUUAAACACCAUGACUACUUCAGUAAACAAGCUUUAAGUAUCUCUGUGUAUUGUCUUACACACAUACACACAGUACAGAGAAAUGCAGACAGCAUAGGGGAACACUGCAGGAUUGUAACACAACUUGUGUUUUUUCCACUAAGCAUUUGUUGUAGCAGACACCAAAAGAUUCAGAGCAGCUGGUGGUGCCAAGACCACAGCCAGGAGCCAGCAGACAAAAUGUUCAUCAAAAAUGCCGACUUACGAAACCCCCGUCACCACCACGAAUUAUUUCUGCGUAGUCGACCCUACAGGGGGGAACUGCCGACUGUGGCAGGAUUUCUCCUCUACCCGGACACUCCUGCUAAGAUGGAGACCACAUCACAAGAUGCUUUCUGCUUCAGACCCGUCUCACAACAUGACAGAGGCAAAGGAGACCAUAUUGCCCUGAACGCACAGCAGGAGUCCCUCCAUUCUCAUCCCACAUCCUCUAGACAAACAGGAAGAGAAAAGAGCAGCAGGGGCUGGAAACCAGGGGAGGACGAAGAAGGCAACCAUGAUCAGACAGCAGGGACAAAAGAACAAGAUACCACAAAGAUGCAGUCUCAGUAUCAGAAGGAUUUCCCUCCUCCGUCCUCCUGCUGCAGAAGGAGAACACCUGCCCUCCCACAGCCAGACAACAUCGGCAUCAACCCUGCCUUCAGGAUUGAUUUUAGCACAAUGCAAAGAGAGAAUUACCCUGGUUGGCCCAUCAUGGGUCCCAUGUGUGCUGGGAGGCUGAGAGCCGCCUCGUCCGGGAAACCAAACAUGAAAAAAUAAACGAGAAUGUCAAAAAUAAGUCAUGUUCAUAUUUUUUACCAACUGAAGCAAACAUCUAAUUCCAUCAAAUGGCUAUCAAUCCCUAGCUAUCCUAAUAUGUUACAAUCAUAGUGUACACAGUAAUAAACAUGAUUUUAAA